CUCACGUGACCGCUCUCACGUGACCCACCCCGCGUUAAUUCCCGCGCUAACUUCCCCAUGGCAUGUGUUCAGACUCGUGCGUGUGUGUGUUCACGUCUCUCUCGCAUCUCUCUCUCUCUGUCGUCUCACACCUCAUUGAUCGCACGCUCGGCGAAGUAACUCGCUGAACUGCUCCCUUUGUAAAUCGUUAAAAAAAAUAAAACUCCCCGCGGCAGUCGCUUUACAAAAGGAAUUCGCCGACUAGGCCCGAGCCGAAGCCCCGUAGGCGUCGGUGCUUUCCUAGAAACCCGGCCGGCAGGAGGGGCCCCUCCCCUCGGCCAAAUUGGGGUCCCGUACGCCGGCGGAGGUGGUGCGUGUUCGGCGUUUAUAAUAAGAGUUGUGGUGUUGUCUUGUUGUUGUCGUCGCUGGACGAGGCUGAGCGAGGGGGCAGAGUUAUUUGGGGUCUUCUGACGGCGGCGAGAGGGUCACGUUAGGGACAGAUUUGGUUUAGGAGUCGUGGUUACGGUUCGAGCUGCAGUUAGGGUAAAGAUAACGUAGAGCCAGGCUGGGGAUCGUAUUUUGGACUGGAGUUGAAGGUUAGGGUUCGACUAGAGCUAGGGUUAUAGUUGAGCUAGGUAUAGGGUCAGGUUGGAGUAGGAAUACAGGUCAAGGUUAGAAUAGGGCUGGGCUUCGAAUUAGGUAGACGAAGUGCCCACCCACGUAGCAGCUGUCAGAUGCAAUGAAUGAAUACGUGAAGUAGUCAGGAAAUCAUCAUCAUCCCCACCAUACCCAUUGUCAACCACCACUACUGUCACUAAGCACGAGCCACAACAACACAUACCCCCACCAGCAAACGGGAGCUGUUUCCCUUCGGGCUGAGUCGACCUAGGGGAGAGCCGUAACCAUGCGGUUGGCCUCGCUGUCCGUGCUGUGCGCCGUGGCGCAGCUGGUGGGGCUGGCGCUCUUCCUCGCCGGUUUUUUCCCCGUGCGGCGUUCGCUGCCCGGCCACGCGGACCCCGCCCGGCUACCCCCCGAGCCGGGCGCAUCCAGCGUUGCAGGUUCGCCUCCCCAGGCCCUGGAGCCGGCGUUUGGGCGCGUGGUGCUGGUUCUGGUUGACGCUCUGCGCGCCGACUUCGUAUUCGGAGCGCACGGCGCCACCAACAUGCCCUACACGCACGCGCAGGCGCAUGGCGGGCACGCGCUGCGCUACACGGCACGUGCGCACCCGCCCACCGUCACCAUGCCACGCAUCAAGGCCCUGACGUCAGGCUCCAUCCCGGGCUUCCUGGACCUAUUGAUGAACCUGGAGGCGGUCGCCGCGGGAGACGACACCUUCCUGUGGCAGGCGCUCGCUGCGGGGCGCCGCCUCCGUUUCUACGGCGACGACACGUGGCUCCGUCUCUUCCCGGGGACGUUCCACCAAGCCGAGGGCACCACAUCUUUCUUCGUCACCGACCACACGGAGGUGGACACCAACGUGACGCGGCACGUGCCGGCGGCGCUGGCGAGCCGGGACUGGCAGCUGCUGGUGCUGCACUACCUUGGCCUGGACCACAUCGGGCACACGCACGGCCCCGCUAGCGCGCUCGUCCCGCACAAGCUGCGUGAGAUGGACGCGGUGGUGCGCGCGGUGCACACCGCCCUGCUGCGAGAGGACGAGUCGCCGUCCCUGCCGGCGCUGCUGGUACUGUGCGGCGAUCAUGGCAUGUCCAACGCCGGCAGCCACGGCGGCUCAUCCGAGGAGGAGCUGCUCUCCCCGCUCCUUCUCUUCAGCUCCGCGUUCCCCCUCGCCGAUCCCGAAACCGUCCCCGCGGAGGUGCUGCAGGUGGAUCUGGCCGCCACCCUGUCGUUGGGAAUGGGUCGCCCUGUGCCGCUCAACAGCAUGGGUCACGUGAUCACGGCCGCCCUGGAGCAUCGGCCAAUCAGAGAGCAGCUGCGUGCCCUGCAGGCCAAUGCCCAUCAGCUGGCCGCGCUGCUGAGGGCGGGCACAGCGUCAUACGCAACCGAGCCCGGCUACCUGCACCGGGAGAACGCGGAGCGGUGGCACGAGUCGUGGCUCCGGCAGGCGCCGGCUAACGGCUCUGGGGACGCGCCGGCGGCGUUGGCGGCGCUGGCACGCGGGCGCUACGUGGACGCCCUGCGCGGCCUCAGCCGGGCGGUGACGCGCGACCUGGCGCGGUACGACACGCGUGCCAUGGCGGCCGGCGGCGCCACCGUCCUCCUGGCGCUGGUGCUCCUGGUGGUUUCGGCGUGGGCGUGCGGCCUGGAUGGCGGUGGCGGUGGUUGGGGGGGCGCAGUGCUCGGGGAGGUGCGAGUCUCCGCCCCGGUGUUCUGGGUCGGCUUCGCGGCAGUGCUGGCGUUCGUCGUCACGGCCAAUCAGAGCGCGUGCUCGCUCGCGCGCACGCACGGGAGAGAGGGGGCGAGUGGCGGAGAGCGGGGGCUUCUGUGCAGCUGGCCGCUCCCCGCCGUCGCCGCCCUCCUCGCCGCGCCAGCUGCUCUCGUAGCCGCGGCAACCGCCAUCGCUUGGACCAGACGGUGCUCCGCAUCAUCAUCAUCAUCCUACACCUCCUCCGUAACUGCCGCUGCCGCCACCACCGUCGGUCGCCGCUGCCUCGGCCGCCGCGGCUCGCGGUCGCUGGCGCCACCGGGCUGGGCUUGGCUCGGCGGCAUCGCGGCGCACACGGCGAGCCUCGCCUCGAGCAGCUUCGUGGAGGAGGAGCACCUCACCUGGUACUACCUGGGCACCUCCCUGCUGGCUGUGAUGGUCGCACGCCAGGCCCCGCUGCCCACGGACGACGGCGACGAGGGCGAUGGCGAUGGCGGCGGCGAAGGUGGUGGCUUCGAUGAGAGCGGUGAUGGCGGCGGUGGUGGUGGCGGGGCGGGGUGGAGCGGGGUGGCGGCUCUGUGCGGGGUGGCGGUCGCCUUCCGCCUCCUGCGCUCGUGGAACCAGACGGGUGUCCAGUGGGUCGAGCUGACGGACAUUGGCGACUGGCUGAGGAGGCCCGAGCAGGAGGUGCUGCUGCGUGUGCUGGCCGGCGUGGCGUGCGCGUGCCUGUGCGCGUGUUUGUGCUCUCGCUGCCCGGGGAAGGCUUGCCGCCUCCUCGUCCUGCUGGGACUCGCGGCGCUCGCCCACGUACACGUCACGCUCAGCGACGGAGUCACAGAAGCGCGCGCGAUUGCCGCUUGCGCCGCCGGCGUCCUCCUGUCGGGCGCUGUCGAGCAGCUGCGGCACCGGUGGUGCAUUUUGGGAAGCGGAGAUGGGGACGGCAGCAGCAGUGGGGUUCCCGCGCCGUCGUUCCUGGCGCACGCCAUCGCUGCGCUGACUCUGAUCCUGGCUGCGCUGAUGCGCCCGCACAACCUGCCUGUGCUGGCGCUGUGGCUGCUCAUGCAGGCCGGCCUUGAGUGGCUCCUGAGCCGGGAGCCGGGCCGCGCCAGCGCCGCGCACGUCGCGCUCACGUACCACUGCCUGGGACAAGCGGCAUUCUACCAGCAGGGAAACUCCAAUGGGCUGGCGAGCGUGGACGUUGCAGCCGGCUACGUGGGCCAGCGCUCGCACUCGGGCCCGCUGGCCGUGCUGCUCACGGCGGCCUGCACGUUCACGGGGCCCAUCACCUGGGCGGCCGCCGUGGCCGCCACCCUCCAGCGUGUCACCGCCCCCCGCAGGCUGCCGGGCGCCGUGGACGAGGCCUGCGCGGCCCUUGCGCUGGCGCGGGCCCUGCCCCUCGUGGCGUACCUGGCGCUGGCGGCGGCCCAGCGUUACCACCUCUUCAUCUGGAGCGUCUUCUCCCCAAAGCUGCUGUACGAGGCAGCGCAGACCGCGUUUGCGGCGCUCGUGCUCGUCGCCCUGCGCUGCCUGGCGUGAGAAGCGCCUGUGAGAAGGGGGCCCACGGAGAGAGAGAUGGGGAGAGUGAGAGGAAAGAGGGGGGGAGGACAUGGGGAGUGAGGGGAGAGAGAAGUUUUUGUCGCUGUUUACCUAACGCCAGCCUGUGCGUGCGUUUUCAAUUUUUAAAAAAAUAUUUAUGAAUGAAUGGCUGAAAUAUAUUUUUUACCGCUAUGCGUGAAUCAAUAUCCAGGAGGUGUGCCAGUGCACUCGAGAAAGUGGCAAGCUCUAAUCUCAGCCGAGGAUCGAUUCAACGAGUCACUCCUAUGGGGUGAAGAAUGUUUCCCACUUUGUGGGGAGUCCACGAUGGUCAUCCUGUGGAUAGACCGACCCCCAUCAUGGGGAAUGUGGAAUCUCCUCCACCGCGGCUCAGGGCCACCAAUUGAUCCAAGCCCAACCUCGUCUUUGUCAGAGCCGGGAGAUUUUGGGCUGUGGGUCGUUAAAUGUCAGAAUCGGAAUCAGAAUCUUUACUUCGACUGGAGGAAUCCGAUGAGCUAUGAAGCUCUUCUUUUUUUUACAGAAUGGGUGGGGGUCAGCAAGUUACAUAUGUGUGUCUGUCGAACUUCGUUAGCACCGUACGUAGCCAACCGUGCUAAUUGGAGGUGUGUGGGGUCAUAUUUCCUUGCCAGUUACAUUCCCUUCCAAGGAAUGGAACGCAUCCGAGGUGCUGGGUCGAUUGUGACAUCACAGGGCCGUGAGAGGUGGCGGUGGUGACUUAGGGAGGCCUCCAUCCAGCAGUGGAUGGAUCCUGGUUCUUAAUGAUGAAUAAAUGCUUCUGAAAACCA